AUGUUAAAAAUAAACUUUUUUCCGCUUUUAUUUGUAAAACGUACAAUAUAUCAUGCUAUAAAAUCAAUUAAUGAGUCGCCUACUUUAUAUUCAAUACCAUCGGCUAGAAUAUCAUCCGGUCAAAUGCAAGCUUGGAUUAUUUAUUAUUAUGGUGAUAAUCAACAAUUUACUCUCUCAGAUAGUGUACAAGUGCCAAUAAUACUUUCACCAAAAGAUGUUCUUAUUAAAGUUUUAUCAAGUAGUAUUAAUCCCAUAGAUAUUCGAAGACGAGAGGGUUAUGGUGGUAGAUUAAUUGACACAUAUCAAUCAAUGAAAAAUAUUUUACAAUUAGGAGGUAAUCAAUUAAAUAAAUUACAAUUUCCUCUUAUAUUAGGUCGUGAUUUUUGUGGAGAAAUUAUACGAAAAGGACCAAAAGUAACAAAAUUCAAUAUUGGAGAUAAAGUUUAUGGAGCUUUAAAUGUUACACGACAGGGCAGUUUUGCUCAAUAUUGUUCUGCUGGAGAAGAUGAAAUUUGUUUAAAACCAAAUAAUAUAUCAGAUGAAGAAGCAUCUGCAUUACCACUUGUUUCAUUAACAAGUUGGUGUGCUAUUCGAAAAUUUAGUGGUUUUAAUGAAGAAAAUUCUUUCGGAAAACGUGCAUUACUCAUUGGUGCUAGUGGUGGUGUUGGUCAUAUAGCAACUCAAUUAUUAAAAAAUCUUGGAAUGGAAAUAACUGCCUUAUGUAGGUCAGAUUCUUUUGAUUAUAUUCGACAAAUAGGUGCUGAAGAUGCAGUUAAUUAUCGUCAAAAAGAUUGGUUUGUUGAAUUAAGCCGAAAACCAAAAUAUGAUUUCAUUUUUGAUACCGUCGGUCCCCGAUAUUAUACUUUUGAAUUUAUGAGUUCGUUAUUAAAUCGAGGUGGGACAUUUGUUACAAUAGUUACACCAAUUUUUCGUAAUGUUGACAAAUAUGGUCUCAUUUCUGGUCUUUCACGUACAGCAUAUCAAGCUACGAAACAAACUUUAACUGGAUGGUCAAAUGGUAUUAAUUAUCGAUGGGCAUAUUAUUCAGCUGAUGGAAAUGUUCUGAAUGAAAUAAAAAAACUUGUCGAACAAAAUAAAUUAAAAAUUAAAAUUGAUUCAAACAAAUUUUCAUUUGAAAAUAUUCCUGACGCUAUAUCUUAUGUUGAAAAUGGCCAUGCAAAAGGCAAAGUUGUAAUUCAGUAUAGCAGUUUUCGAUAA